AUGGUUCCUUCCUCUGCCUUCAUCUCCAAGGAUUCAUCUUCUUCACUAUCCAAGAAUCCGCUGACGAAUUUCUCAAACGAUCAGAGCCCUCUUGCGGGUUUGUCCUAUUGUAGGUCCGAACAAAGUCAAGAAGUUAGGGUUUUUUCGUCAACCUUCUCCUCGAUGGAUUUACCAUCUUCUUCUUCUUCUGAUCCGUUCAUUAAUUUACCAUCAAGUUCGCUAAUUGAAGAUCAAGCCCUGUACCGUGCUUUUGCUAACCAAUGUGGCGUCGCAACUGAUUCGUUGAAUCCUUCUCAGGGAAAGUAUUCAGUUUUCCUUUACAACCAUGACAACGCUACUUUUACUCAAUUGGGAGGCUCUGCUUCUUCAAGCUUUGACCAAGUGUUGACUCCGUUUAACAACAAUAUGAGUUCGGCUUUACUUGGGGCACAAGGAUUUGUUGGGGAUGGAAGCUGCAUCAACAACAACAUUCCGGCACUAAACCCAUUUCUUGAGCUUGGUCAGUGUGCGUCAUGGAAUCAGACGGCCUCUUAUGUUGAUCCGAUGAUGUUUUCUUCUUCUUAUUGCUAG